AUGUCUUUAACAAAUUUUAUUUAUUCUCUUAAAUGUCCAAUUUGUAGAGAAUUUUUCUCUGAGCCAAAACAACUUUGUUGUGGACACACUUUCUGUACAGAAUGCCUUGAAAGCUUAAAACAAACAACUUUAUUUAAUAAUCCUGGAUUUAAUUCAAAAUUAGUAUUUAAUGUUAAAUGUGUAUUAUGUUUUGAAUUGACUUAUUUUUCCAGUAGUGGAUUAAAAACUAAUUAUGUUUUGAAAGAUAUUAUUGAAAAUUAUCGACAAAAUAUCCCAAACAAUCCAACAACGAUAAACACAAAUUCUGAAGUUUUUGUGGAUCCCUACCCUGAAAGUCUUACAAGUAUUGCUGGAAGUAUUAGCAGUUCUUUAUUGACAGGAAGAGGAGAAGAUUUUGUGGAGAGUGAGGAAAAUAUUUUGAAUUUUAUUUUAGAAUUUAUUUGUGAAGGAAUUGAAGGAAUUAAAUAUUUAUUUUUUAAUUUCCCUCGUAUUUUUUGUCAACAAUUAUGUUUUCUUUGUGUUGUAUUUAUGUGUAUUGAAGAAUUUAAGAAUUAUGAAGAAAAAGAAGAAAUUAAUUGUUUUUUAUUAAAAAAUAAUUUGGCUAUUUCAGCAAUUUCAAGAAUAAAUACAAAUUUUUGUAAACAAUUUAUUAAAUCAAAAUUAUGUGAAAUUAAUAAUUAUUGGGAAAUUGAAGAAAUUGAAAAUAAUUGUGAAGAAUAUUUUGAUUUGAGACAACAAAAUACAAAAAUUGGAUGUUUUUAUUUGUCUAAAAUAAAUAAAUUAAUUAAAAAUUCUUUUAAUUUUUCUUCAGAAAAUUCCCCAGAAUUUUGUAUUCAAAAAUGUUUAAAUUCUGGAUUUUCUUUUGCAGGUGUUGGAUUUGGUGUUAAUUGUUAUUGUUUUAAUUAUUUAAUUGAUAAAAAUGAAGAUUUUGUUAAUGAAACUUUGUGUAAUUUUUAUGUCUGUCCGGGAAUGAAAAUUUUAUUUUGUGGUGGAAAUGGAACUUUAUUUGUUUAUAAAACGGGAAUUAAAGAUAAACAAACAAAAAUUCUUCCAAAAUUUAUUCCAUUUGACGGCAAAUCUUCGUUAAAUAAAAUUAAAAUUCUUUUUCUUUUGCAAUUAAAUGGACGUGAUUAUCUCCAAAUUCGACGUCUUCUUGGAAUGAUUUAUAGCCAAAAACAUUUUUAUUUUGUUCACGUAGAUAUCAGACAACAAUUUUUAUAUUCAGAAAUGUUAAAAAUCCAAAAAGAAUUUGAAGUUAAAGGUUUUUUUAAUUUUAAAGUUUUGAGGAAAAGAUUUGCAACAAUUUGGGGAGGAACUAGUUUAUUGGAAUUAUUUCUUUUUGUAAUUAAUCAAUCAAUUUUUGAGUUGGAAAUUGAAUGGGAUUACAUUAUAAAUUUAAGUGAAAAGGAUAUGCCUUUACUUUCUUUGGAAGAAUUGGAAAAACAAUUGGAAAAUUCUUCUAACAAAUCAUUUCUGAGCAGUCAUGGUUACAAUACAGCAAGUUUUUUAAACAAACAGGGAUUUAAUUUUCAUUUUUUGGAAUGUGAAAGAAGGAUGUGGAGAGUCGCUAAAAGAAAUGAUUUUCCUUUAAAUCUUCGUUUGGAUGGAGGUUCUGAUUGGUUAUUUAUACACAGAGAUUUGGCAAAAUAUUCUGUUUCUAAUGAAGAUUUACCUGCAAACCUGCGUUUAUUAUUUACGACAAUUCUGUUGCCGUUAGAAAGUUUUUUCCACACACUUUCAAUUAAUUCAAAAAAUUUUUGUAAUCAAAUAUUUAACCAAAAUUUGCGUUUUACAAAUUGGGAAAGAAAGCAAGGGUGUCGUUGUUCAGCAUUUAAGCCAAUAGUUGAUUGGUGUGGUUGUUCACCUUUGGCUGUUAAAAAUAUUGAUGUGGAAAAGAAAAUUAAUUUAAAAAGAUGUCAAGAAAAGAAUUUAUUUUUUGGACGAAAAUUUGAUUCUUUUAUUGAUAUAGAACCAAUUAAUUUUUUACAAAAACAAGUACUUCGAUUUAAAGAAAAACAACUAAAUUUUAAUUUUACUCAAUCAUUUUGGUUAAAUAUAUUUAAUUAUGAAACUUCAAAUGAUUCUCCUUUUUCUUCAAAAAUUGAAUUAAUUAAUUUAAUUUCAAAAUUAUUUAUUGAAAAAAUAAAUAAAAAUAAUUGUUUAUUUAAUCGUCUUUUAAAUAUUUUUAUAUUCCGUUUAAAUUCAACUGCAAAAUUUCAAAAUAUUUUUCAAAUUGAAAUGAAAUGUGAAGAAGGAAGAGGGGGAUUUGAAGUAUUUGAGUUUUUAAUUGAACAAAUUACUUCUCAACAAAAUAAAAAAGAUUCUCAAAUAAUUACUGAAGAAGGAAUAUUUGAAUUAAUUGAUGGAAUUGAAUUUGGAAUUGGUUUUGAUGUUAAAGAAGAAGUGUUUCGAAUUUAUCCAGCAAUUGUUGAUUUGAAUUUAAAUAAUUUAUUUACUUUAAAAUGGAAAUGGAAUUUAAUUUUAAAUAAAAAAAAUAAUAAUUGGACAAGUCCAAAUGUAAAUUUAAUUUUAAAUGGACCGAAUGAUGAAUUUUUAUUUAAUGAAAAAAUUAAAAGUUAUGAUUCUUUAAAUGGUAUUCAGUUUGUUGAUAUUAAAUUUAAAAAUAUUUUGAAAGAAAAUCCAAAUGUUAAUUCUGGUAAUUUUUUAAAUAUUUGGGAAAUUUAA